CCUUGAUACUAGUCGACGAUUCCACGUCUUUAAAAGCGUCUUAUUUUGAGUUGUGUUUUGAUUCGUGAUUGGUGUAAAGUCUUGUAGGGGCUAUUGGGGCAUGUCGGAUCUGCAACGACAGCGUGAAUACAUUGUUGAACAUACAACUGCUAUCAAAAUAAAAUAUCGUUACACUACAACUGAAAAUCACAGGAGUUUAAAUUCAGCUACUUCUACUAAAAAUUGUGAAAAGAUCAGAGACUGUAACAAGUUCUUCAAAGCAACAUUAGAUAUCAACGAUCGGCCGAUCUGGGAAAGUUGAAAGUGAAAUGAGAGGGAAACAUGGACAUAUGAGAAAGUCAACUUAAGACACUGAACGUCUGUGGGGUCAGACAGGUGGCAAGGUCUGGUAAGUGCCUACUCUGAAAAGAUACAUUUGAGCAGAAAGAAGGAGCCCAUGAAAGCACUUCUUGUUCAAGAUAGC